AUGGAGGAAACUCAAGAAUCCAAUGCUACCGAGAAAUGCACUACAGAGACUAAAACUUUCAAAGGCAAAACCAAUACCCAUAAGCAUCAAUAUCAAUAUCAGUAUCAGUAUCAGUAUCAACAUCACUUCUUUCAAUGCUCAAACCAGUUUGGGUUUUUUAACCAUAACCAAUAUCCAAGUUACUACCCUGCUCUUCUUCCUUUACCUCGUCCUAUACCUCUCCAACUUGCUUUAACUCCACCUUUACAUCAAAACCAUAACUUUAGAUCAAAAACCCAUUUACAGAAACCUUCUUGUAAGCUAAAUAAUCGUCCUUUUCCUCUUCCUCCCACCUCUUCUGAUACCACCCAAGGAUCCAUUGUCACAAAUUCGUUAGAUCCAGAGAGGCUGCAACAACCUCUUAAAGGAAAUAAUGGAAGGAGAGCAAUGGGUUCCAUCAAUCAGCCACUUAUAGUUGCAAGAAGGCCUGAUUCUGGUGGUGUAGAAGGACCAGUCAUCACUCUUCUUGCAAAUCAUUUUCUUGUCCAAUUCAAUUCCUCGCAACGAAUAUUCCAUUACAAUAUGGAAAUUUCUCCUAGUCCUUCCAAAGAAGUUGCAAGGAUGAUCAAAAGAAAACUAGUAGAGGACAAUUCAAGUAUGUUUUCUGAUUCUUUUCCGGCCUACGAUGGUAGAAAGAAUCUUUACAGUCCGGUUGAGUUUCAAAAUGAUAGACUUGAAUUCUACAUUAGCCUUCCGAUCCCAACUAGUAGUAAAUCAUCCUUGCCAGUCGGAGAAAUGAAUGAAUUUCAAAAGAAACAUCAAGAGCUCAAACUAUUUCGAAUCAGUAUCAAGCUCGUGUCGAAGUUGGAUGGAAAGGAAUUGAGUUGCUAUUUGAGUAAGGAAGGUGAUGAUUGGGUUCCACUUCCUCAAGAUUAUUUACAUGCUUUGGAUGUUGUUUUGAGGGAAUGCCCUAUGGAGAAGUGCAUACCUGUAGGGAGAUCAUUCUAUUCGAGUUCUAUGGGAGGAAGUAAAGAAAUUGGAGGAGGAGCUAUUGGAUUGAGAGGAUUCUUUCAAAGUUUAAGACCAACACAACAAGGACUAGCUCUUAAUGUGGAUUUUUCCGUGACCGCUUUUCAUCAAAGUAUUGGAGUGAUUCCUUACUUGCAAAAGCGACUCGAGUUUCUUCGAGACCUUCCUCAAAACAAAACAAGGAGUUUGACUGGUGAAGAAAGGAAGGAAGUAGAGAAGUCUUUAAAGAACAUUAGGGUCUUUGUUUGCCAUAGAGAAACUGUUCAGAGAUACCGGGUUUAUGGCUUAACCGAAGAAGCCACAGAAAAUCUUUGGUUCGCAGACAGAGAUGGGAAGAAGUUAAGGCUAGUGAAUUACUUCAUGGAUCACUAUAAUUAUGAUAUAACAUUCAGGAACUUGCCAUGCUUGCAGAUUAGUAGAAGUAAACCAUGCUAUCUGCCAAUGGAGCUUUGUAUGAUUUGUGAAGGACAGAAGUUUCUUGGGAAACUUUCAGAUGAUCAGACUGCAAGAAUACUUAAAAUGGGUUGCCAAAGACCGAAAGAACGAAAAGCCAUUAUUGAUGAAGUCAUGCGAGGAUCUGUUGGGCCAACAAGUGGCAACCAGGGCAGAGAAUUCAAACUGCAUGUCUCAAGAGAAAUGACAAUGUUGAAUGGGAGAAUCCUACAACCUCCAAAACUAAGACUUGGUAAUGGUGGCCUUGUAAGAGAUCUGAUUCCAUCUCGCCGUGAUCGACAGUGGAAUCUUCUAGAUAGCCAUGUCUUUGAAGGAACUAGAAUAGAAAGGUGGGCACUAAUGAGUUUUGGAGGCACCCCUGAUCAGAAGUCCAACAUUCCAAAAUUCAUAAACCAGCUAUCUCAAAGGUGUGAGCAAUUAGGCAUUUUUCUUAACAAGAACACAAUAGUUAGCCCUCAAUACGAGCCAACUCAAGUGCUUAACAAUGUUUCCCUUCUGGAAUUGAAACUCAAUAAAAUCCAUAAAGCUGCCUCAAACAAUCUCCAGCUGCUUAUAUGUAUAAUGGAGAAGAGACACAAAGGGUAUGGAGAUUUGAAGCGAAUAGCGGAGACAAGUGUUGGUGUUGUAAGCCAAUGCUGCUUGUUUCCAAAUCUUAGCAAAUUGAGUUCACAAUUUCUUGCUAAUUUGGCUCUUAAGAUCAACGCCAAAGUUGGAGGAUGCACAGUUGCUUUAUACAAUUCAUUACCAUCUCAAAUUCCACGCCUUCUUUGCUCCGAUGAACCUGUAAUCUUUAUGGGAGCUGAUGUCACUCAUCCUCACCCACUUGACGAUUUCAGUCCAUCUGUUGCUGCUGCUGUUGGUAGCAUGAACUGGCCUGCAGCAAACAAGUAUGCAUCCCGAAUGAGGUCACAAACACAUCGACAAGAAAUAAUCCAAGACCUUGGUGCAAUGGUGAAGGAAUUGCUCGAUGAAUUUUACCAAGAAGUAAGCAAACUUCCUAAGAGGAUAAUAUUCUUUAGAGAUGGAGUAAGCGAAACACAAUUUUAUAAGGUGCUUAAAGAGGAGUUGCAAGCAAUUAGAGAAGCUUGUUCAAGAUUUCCUGGUUAUAGACCUCUCAUUACAUUUGCAGUAGUCCAAAAGAGGCAUCACACAAGGUUGUUUCCUUGCGAAACUGAUCUACCUUCAACUCAAAGCCAGUUUAACGACGAAAAUAUUCCACCAGGGACAGUUGUGGAUACAGUGAUUACUCAUCCAAAAGAAUUUGAUUUUUAUCUAUGCAGUCAUUGGGGAGUGAAAGGAACAAGCAGGCCAACUCAUUACCAUGUCUUGUGGGAUGAGAACCAAUUCACUUCUGAUGAAUUACAAAGGUUGGUUUACAACCUUUGCUAUACCUUCGUAAGGUGUACUAAGCCAGUUUCUCUGGUGCCUCCUGCUUAUUAUGCUCAUUUAGCUGCAUACAGAGGCAGACUUUACCUUGAGCGAUCAGAAUUCAUGGCAUCCGUUAGAAAUGCUUCUACAAUGUCAAGAGCUGCCCCUCCAAAGGCAACACCUUUACCAAAGCUAAGUGAGAAUAUAAAGAAUCUUAUGUUCUAUUGCUGAUUUUUCUUGCAUAUGGAUAUGGUAAUUCCUCAAUUAUAUAUUUGGCACAGACGUAGUUCCAUUAUGGUAUAUAGGCCUUAUCAUGCACUUUUGCUUUCAUAGACGUUGUAGGUAGGCAAGUCCAGGAUUGAGUUGCUAUACUUGGAUGAUCAUGCAAAAGAUAUAUUAUUGUGAACCUUCUCAUCUCAUUUAGUUAACAUGAAAGAAGAUUUCCAGUUCUUUUGUAAUUAGUUAAAUGUAGCUUGUCCUGCCUAAUAAAUAAUUUCUUGCUUCAUUUUCCUA